GAGAAAGCAUCAAGAUUCUUUUCAUUUGACACAACGAUUUGAACACGAUGACACCUGCAAAGUUUGUCUUUUAUCUGACAUGUUUGUUCCUGGGGAAAAUGGUCCAGAAGACCCAUCUGCAACCACAGGCAUCUGUUUAUCAAGACAAAGAUUUUAUCUUAGCUGAUGUUGGAGAAAAUGUGAGUUUGCAAUGUUUCUAUAAAUGUGAUUAUUCAGCAUGGAUCUUGUGGUAUAAGCAAACUCUGGGACAGAAACCGAGGCUAAUCUCUACAUUCUAUGUGUACGAUACAAAAAUCACUUUUCAUGAUGAAUUCCUGAACAACCCACGGUUCACACUGGAUACAGAAAACGGAAGAAAUAACUUGGACAUUUCAGAUUUGAAUAUCAAUGACUCAGCUACUUACUACUGUGCAUACAGCUAUAGAUUUGUGUUAACUUUUGCAGAGGGGACCAUUGUCAAAGUAAGGGAGGCACGUUUGAAAAACCCAGCUUUAGUUCAUCAGUCAGCAUCUGAGACCAUCCAGCCAGGAGGCUCCGUAACUUUGAACUGCACGGUACACACUGGGACCUGUGAUGAAGAACAUAGUGUUUACUGGUUCAAAGAAACAGAAGCAUCUCGUCCAGGACUGAUUUACACUUAUGGAGGCAAAAAUGAUUAUUGUAGGACGAAAACUAACCCACAAGCAGACGCCUGUGUCUACAACCUGCCAUUCAAGGAUCUGAACAUGUCUCAUGCUGGGACCUACUACUGUGCUGUUGAUUCAUGUGGACACAUAGUGUUCGGAAACGGGACCAGAUUGGAUCUCAGCCAUGAGGCAGACUUUCUUGUCUUGGUGUACUACUUGAGUGGAGCUUUGGCAUUCAGUACCAUCCUGGUUCUCCUACUGGUUUUCUCAGUAUGCAAGACAAUCAAGAGAAACAACUGCCUUUGCCCAGAGCCUCGUGCACAAUUACCAACUCCUUCAACAACAAAUUCAGAGGCUUGUCAAGAUGCAGACAGCCUCCAUUAUGCAGCUUUAAGUGCUAAGAAACUUAACAAGUCAAGAAGACAGAAAGACAACAGCAAGAGUGAAUGUGUGUACUCCAGCAUAAAGCAGUAAAUAUGGACAUUUCAACAUUUCAAUGUCGAGCAGACAAAACAAUUCUACAUUCUGUUCAAUACAAUUUAUGACCAGUACUAACAUUCUAGCCCAAUUGCAACUGGAAAAUCGGGCAAAUGCAUGUCCUGCUUGUCUCCCAUCCAUAUUCCAACAGGAUUCUUUGGCUGUUACUUGAGGAAUGAUUACUUUUAAAUACAUAUACAUUUCUGAACAGUAUGUAUUCGUUUUACUAAAUAUUUGAUCUCAAGGUUGUAAAAAAAACUGCAUGAAUGAAGUUUUCGUGCCAGACUACAAACAAAUUGCAAGGUUUCAGUUUUAUUCUCUUUUUUUGAACCAUUUUGUUGGAGUUUAUGCAUUCGCAUUUAGUAAAAAACCAGCACUGUGACUAAAUAAAGCUGCUAGGCUAUGGCUGCAGAUCUUUUUCAUUUUAUCUCUGUCAGUGCAACAUCAAUGAUCUUGUGUUUUGAGCCAGUGUGACUACUUCAGGUACUAUACAGAUUAGUACCAGAGCCAAUCUAGGAAUUUCCUGCAAUCAAUUUGACGCUAUAGCAGAGCGUUGUCAAGAGAUAGGUCACAGCAAAUAGAAGAUGAACCAGUAAAAUGAUUAUAUACACCUUUUUCUAAAAAACUAUACUGGUGGCUACUAGUGCAAUCCCUCAGCCCCCUACUAGAUGUGUUGUAUAAAUUUGAAAAUAUCAAGUGACAUUCUUCUUGAGUCACAUUCCCGACACUUAGAAAAACCUGAUCUUUGACCUUGACCUGUAGGUCUAAAAUAUAAAUGUAUGCUAUCACUUUAUGGUGUUCACAAGAAUUUAAGAACACAUUCCCCCUGACCUCACAAAUAUUCAAAGUCAUCCAAGAAUUUAAGUAGAAAUGAGUUAUUGUGUUCAUAAGAUUUUCAGUAAAUCUGACCUCUGAUCUUGAUCAAGCUCGACAGGAUUCCAGAGUCGUCUCUAUCUUCUAAGCCGACUGAGGUCUCUACAGUGAAAAUAACAAAUAACAAAGUUCUCAUUUUAAAGUAAAAUGUCAAUCAUAUACGUGUCGUUUCUCUCUAUGUUCUGGAUAUUUAUAAUUUAGCUAUUUCUAUUUAUUAUAGCUAGUUCUUAUAUUUUGUAAACUUGUAAUAUAUUGUAUUAUUUAAGUUAGCAUGCUCACAUGUUCAGCAUGUUACUGUUCUUAUUGUCUUGGAGCAACUGUAAAUACAUACUUUCCAUAGGGAUUAAUAAAGUAUUCUGAUUCUGAAUGGCCUGUCCCACCUUGCAGCUGCAAGAGAAGUACUUGCAGCUACUGACAGGUACCAAAAAGAGAGAGAGAGAGUAUUACUCUGAUAUUUGCAUUUUUACAUUGGCUGACAGUUAAAUGCAGAGUUGAUUUUAAGGUUCUAUUAGUUGAUUUUUAAUCUCUCCAAUAGCUUGGCUCCUGGUAUGCAUGUCUAUAUCUAUACAUACAUGAGUUGCUUUUAACCCUUUAAGACCUAUCAUAGAACCAAGUUCGCAAAAACCAUCAAGGGCUACGAUGAAACUGGCUGACUCUCUAUGUGAGCCAGUUUCAUCGUAGCCCUUGAUGGUUUUUGCGACUGCACUUGGGGACACAUUCAAAGUUUUAGGAAUUUUCCAGACUGACCAAACUUAGGUUCUUAAAGUAAUGGUGGACUGUCGUUUCUCUUUACUUGUCUGAUUGGUUCUUGCCAUAAUAUGAAUUCUAACAGUUGUCAAAUAGGGCUGUCAGCUGUGUACCAACCUGACUUCUGUACAACACAACUGAUGGUCCCAACAACAUUGAGAAGGCAACAAAUUUCACAAAUGAACCCUGACAAGGCACAAAUAUGAAAUGAAACCAUUUGAGAGAAGGCCAAGGGUUUUCAGUGCUGUCAAUAAAGCAAAGGGUGGCUACUUUAGUUCUUGUACCUUAAUAUUAUGGGUUUUUAAGUAAUUGUAAUAAUUCCUGGAGUUUUUUUUUUUUAUCUGAUUCCCUGCCUCUCCCAUUAAAUCUCAGCCUCUAUGUUAGAUAUUCCCUUGUUGGUUACUUCCUGUUUUAUUUUGAUAGUCGUACAUACCUUGUACUGAAUAACUUCCCAUGUCUCAUUAUCCCUGCUGUGCAUUCAUCCUAUUUCCCCUAGCCUCAUUACUUUGUGUUUAUUGUUUUUUCCUUGUAUUUUUUCUGUUUUCCCUUGGAUUAUUCUGAACGUUUAUCCUGAACAGACAGUGAUAAAAGCUUAUUUUGUAUUUCACUCCAUCUUUAGUUCUGCACUUAAUCUAUUGAAACGCAAUGCCCCCAGUAAUGGGGGAGAGAGGGAGAACAUCUGGAAUGUACCACCAGAUCUGUUAUUUAAAUAUAGCUGUUUGAUAUCCACAGAAACGUCAGAAUCUCAACUAAAAGCUAAAAGAAAAUCACAAAACACAGCUACUGUAAAACAGUAAAUGGUUAAAGAGCAGGUAAAAGGAUGUAAACACAAAGCACAAAUCACACGAUCAUGCCACGAUACACGAUCAUGCGUCAGGGUGCUGAAAGCAGAAAUCUCACAGAUUCAUAAACUGCUGGUUUCAUCACUUUCUGAACUAAAUUCACUGAACCAGCUGCAAGAGAAGACCAAUGCUAGGCUUCACAUUUAAGGAACAUUGUAAUGAAUUCCCUCUUAGUUCGGUGUGUUUUGCUGUGAAGACCAGGUUGGAUUUGAGAUACUCAAAAGGGAUUAAAAAGAGUUGUGUGACUACCCCAGGUUUUCCCCAAUACAAGACAAAUUGCACAUAUUAUUUUCUUUUUCAGACAUAUCUGUUACUAUUUGUCAAAGUUCAAACAACCUCUGUAAUGUAGCUUUGAGUUCAAGUCAUCCAACUAAUCGGAUUUUAGCGCAAAGAUUCA